AACAGCGCCCGGGUUGAAAGGUCAUCGUUGCGAAAACAUGGCGGCUUCAAGCAAGACAACGGUGGUGCUUAAGACGGUCAAGAACAUUGUUGUUCAGUUUUGUCCGUUUGAAGCCAAUGUUCGUUCCACACGGGAGUUCCUGGUCCUGGUUGGGUCUGAGAAGGCCAGAUCUACCAAUAUGAACUGUGAGGUGAUGACAGAAGUAAAACACGACCAGUCUGAACCAGUGGUGGACAUCACAUUCAUGGAUGGAGAGAGGCUAAUGAUGAAGGGAGCGAGACUGACCAGCAAGGAGAUGCUGACUGCACUGCAGUCCCGAUGUAUGGCCAAGGACCCGCAGGCCAAAAUUACAGCCAAGAAGUAGUCCCCUCCCUCCCUCAGUAUUAUGUAUGUGUCUAUGUAUAUUUGUGAAUGUUUAUGAUAAAAUACUUUAUUGAAAUGUU